UUGUCAUUGUUCAGAAAGAUAGUGGAUUGUAAAAUCAGGUAGACAUAGUGUAACGCGGUUAUACUGCUUUUGUAAACAAUCAAUUAGUAAAGUAUAUAAAAUGCCUAAGAAGAUGGGAAUGAACUCAAAAGCAGUGGAGGCUCGUGACCGCAAGGAUGCCAACAAGAAGGCCAUCCAAGAACGCAAAGCAAAGGAAGCCGAAGACCGUUUGUGGCACGACGAUGACAAGAAUCUUGCCAAAAAACAACAGCGUCGUGAAGAAGAAGAAAAAAAACGGGCUGAAGCUGCCCGUCGUAAGGCGGAAUCAAAAGCGUUAUUGGAUCAGGAACUAAGCUCAAUAAAUACCCAACGCAAGCAGCCGCUGGCUAAAAUUAAUCGUCAACAAAUAAUAGAAGAGCUGGAAAAGAAACAACGUGUUAUGGAUGCAAUCAAUGAAGCCAACAAGCCCUUGGCCCCUCGUGUUGUACUACAGCAUAACACCAUUGAGGAGAAUCUGAACAGAUCUCUAGCUGAUGCCAAUGUUGCCACAAAUGUUGACCAGGCCCUGGCAGUGCUUAGUGUCAAAGAUAAUGAUGACGACAAGCAUCCAGAAAAACGUAUGAGAGCGGCCUAUAAAACAUUCGAAGCCAAUAAUCUUCAACGCAUUAAAGCUGAAAAUCCUUCAUUGCGUAUGUCUCAGUGGAAGCAACUUUUGAUGAAGGAAUGGAAUAAGUCUCCGGAAAAUCCGUUUAACCAGGCUUGUUGAAAGACCGCAGCCUAUAAUUUAGUUUGUGAAUUUAUCGUACUAUUUUGUUCAAUUUUUGACUGCCUAGCAGAAGAGCCCAUCAAUUGAAAAAAAAAAGAAAACUACAAAAUGUAAAAUAAUUAUUUAGUUUAUGCUUAAAAUUUA